GUUAUGUGAAUGUGACGCGGAGGAAGCCGGGGAAGGGUCAGAGGGAGCAGGUGCAGGGUGUGUUGGGUGAAAUGAUACUGACACGUGCGAACUGUAACUGGCAGUCAGAGUGAGACUGUGGCGGUGGCGGCGACGAGAUGGCCCAAGCUGCCUCCUGGAUAGUCGUGUGUUUGGUCACCUUGGCUACGAGUGCGAGGCUGCCCGGGGAUGAGAGAGACCCAGAGCAACACCCGCUUAUCGUAUCUUCGGUGUCUCUGCCCGGGGACCAGCGGCGUGGCCCGGUUUCUUCUCUCGGUUCUGAAACAAAAGGGGAACUAGCGAUGAACUUAACUGAUGGGGCUGACAGGACUGAUGGACAUGCUGGGAAGACCACUGGCAGCAUAUCGUUCAUAUCUACUGGUGAUGGCGAGGGUAUGAUACGCGGUGACUACAGCGAUAGCACCAGUGACGAAGGUCAUGAGAAUAAACACGACUCUCGCUCUGGUUACAACUCUCACGGCCACUAUAAGGAAUACUCUUAUUACGACCACGCUGGCUACAGAGAUAACGGGCACGAUCAUGGACGCGAUGACGUAAUAGACUUCAUUCACCUCAACAACGGUGGGGAGGAGAGUGCUAAGGAGUUGAUGGACUGGGACAGCUAUUACGUUCUCAGAAACCGAGCUCAGAACUGCAGUGAUGGUGGUGGCGGUGUUUACUUAUGCCUGCAAGAUUCUGAAGACGAGGACACGGACGACAGCGACGAGUGUGCUCAUGACGACGAGGAUUGUGACGAUUCAAGGGCACGUCUUAGAGCAUACCUUGGGAGGGAUGAGGACGAGGAAGAAGAGGGCAGUGAGGUGGAGAUGGAGGACGAGGACGAUGAAUAUCUGCUAAGCCUGAAAUAUCUCGAUGAUGACAGUGAUGAAGAUGAUGGGAGUGAUGACGUUGAUGAAGAAGACAGCGACGAUGAUGACGAUGAUGAUGUCUACUUUUAUGUGGACAGCAACGACACCAGCCUUGCUUCUUUCCUCACCUUACCAACUAAUCCAAAGAAGAGUGACGGCGCCUUACGAGAGACAAAACAUGACAGGAAUGAAAAGCCUGUGAAGAUAAGUGAGGCGGAGCAGCGCGAAAAAUAUGUCCAUGUUGAUAAAGCAAAGCAGAGUCCUCCAACUGAUAAGAGUGAGAAUGUCCCAGAAGAGAUAGUUGUCAAGAGUCCCGGAGAGGUGGCCUGCAAUGAGAUUGGAUGUUUCCUUGGCGGUGCAGCUGAUGACGGAGAGGCUGCAGAGGGUGAUGGAAGGUAUGCCUCAAGGAUGGAAACUUCUCCCGUGCUUGGGUCUAACAUGCAACAAGAUCCAUCCUUCGCCAAUGAUACGCCAACCAUUGCACGAAAGAGAGAAAUACACGCGGACUAUAUUGGCCGGAAUGAAUUACAUGACGUCUUCAAGGAAUUCGAAGGUCCAGUCCCUAAGGAAGAUGAACAGAGGCAACCAGCGACGCAUUCAACGGAACUGACAAGCAGAUGGUUUGAGAACACCGCGCCAGGUGUCAGCGACAUCGAUACAUUGAACACAAACUUGAACGCUGUUCCCAAAGCUAUCACAGAAUAUGAACAAAACUUUAAUUUCGCGAUAUCAGAACACGACACAACUCCAUACGAAGAGAUUUACGACACCAUAAUGCACUCCGGACAAGUUAGUGACGAGGAAAAGAGUUACAUCGCAUCACUGGAGCAGCUGCGGCGACUCGUCAAUAGGCUUGGGGGAUUCGAAACCCUCCUCGAGAAACCUGAAGUUCACCACAUCGUCAAGAGGCAGACAAAUGGUGCCGAGGCGUGUGUUCUGCUCAGGCGGCGAAGAAAGCGGGCUGCAGACGAAGCAGGCGAGACGGAAAGGGCGUCGCGGACCAAGCGGGGCAUCAGCAACGUCGGCAGGAACUUGGAGCAAGCAGUGAGCCGGGCAGCACCAGCCGCAACUCUACAGCAAUGGGUCAGCAAGGGCUCGUGAAGACCUGCCAGAAGAUCCGCUACGGCAUGAUGGCCAUCGCCUGCGUGGGCAUCAUGCUGUCCACCUACGCCCUGCACGUGGAGGUAGCCAAGGAGAGCAACAAGAGCUACCAGGCCAUGUGUGAUAUCAGUUCUUCCAUCUCCUGCUCCAAGGUGUUCACGUCCAGGUAUGGCCGAGGGUUUGGCCUCAUCGGACAGCUGUUUGGUGAAGACCACUUCCUCAACCAACCCAACAGUAUAUUUGGUAUCAUCUUCUACUGCAUUGUAAUCAUUCUGGGUGAAGCCAAGACACUAAAAGUGGCAAAAAUCCAGCUAGGUCUAAUUGCUUCAUCAAAUUUAAUGAGUAUCUAUUUGGCCUACCUCCUUUACUUUGUGCUCAGGGACUUUUGUGUUAUCUGUGUCAGCACAUACAUUGUUAAUAUACUGCUGACACUGCUGGCCUUCAAACGUGUCUCAGUCCUGCAGAGAAUGGUGAAGGUCAAGUCCAAGUAAUGCACACAAGAAAGGGAAGGCAGGACUUUGCAAGCAAUGUUAUAGUGAUAUACAUUUUAGGAGAGAACUUUAGUAGUGUUAUUAGGAGGGAAUUUAAGUAAAAGUAUUAAAGAAAUUAUAUGUAUAUGCAUAGUAGCAGAGGAAAGGUAGAUGCAUUUAUUAGAAUAAAAGUGAUAUUGUCCUAGUAUAUGAUGGCUAUGUUAAGGUUGUACUAGGUAUCUAUAUUAAGGGUAGACCUUUAAAGGAUGUUUAAGAAGAGCCAGUUAUUUGUGAUCCCCAUUGAGAUCCAGGGUAGGGUAGUGGUUGAAGUACACACUUGUUUAGAGUAAAGCCUCUCUUCAUUGGACAGACAUGAGAAAUAGCAUUAAGGAAAUAGUUUUGAAGGUUGACCAUUCUUCCCCUAGCUUGUCUGACUCCUAAGACCUAUUGACUAGUAUGUUUUGAGUUACUCAUUCUUAACUCUUUCUUCACCAAAUUUGGCAAUUGUCCGGUUGUUUGAAGAGGAAAGCAACCAUGUGAAGCAGUACACAGUAUCACAUUUCAACAGUAGUACAGGCCUCCUUCUAAGUUUCUUUAAUUUUCUUCAAUGAAUAUCGUUGAACCUUGAGAUGCAAUGGUGAUUCGUUCCGUAUGGUGCAUUUUGUUAAGCAGACAUGACCAGAAUGUUAAGGUACAUUGGUUAUGUACAACUUAUUCUGCAGCUUCAGGAUUUCUGAUGCUUUCCUCCAUAAUGGACACAUUUUUUCCACAGUUGAUUAAUAUAUAUAUAUUAAUAUAUAUGUGAAGACGCACCUUUUAGGAAAGCUCAUGGAGCACAGAAGUUGUCCAGAUUAAGUCUUCAGAAUAACUCUGCCGCUGGCUAGAAUGAGCCCAGUGUGCAAUUCUGCUUGCCUGCCUCAAUCACUUGUGCCAACCUUAUGUGUUGGUCAUGCUCCAGCUUUCCAACUCUGUAAGAUGGAGUUCAUGUUUGAAUGCAGUGUGCAACCUUCUCAUAUACA